CAAUUCAAAGCACAAUCUUCUUUGUUUCCUUCUCUGAAAUUUGAAACUUUUAUCUUCUUUUCAGUUAUUAGUUAUGGAAACUAGCAGUGCGCUUCAAUACAUCGAACGAUAUUUACUCGAUGAAUUUUCUCCGGCGGAACUGGAGAGCUUUUCGCCUGAAAAUCAAUGGAAAAAUGCAUCAAAACCCGAGGUUUCCACCUCUCAAUCGCUGUCUUUGUGCUCUCAAACUUCCAGCUCCGGUUCCUGUGUAACGGUAUCCAAUUUUAAUUCCGUUCCCGAAUUCCCAGGCUUCGAAUUUGAAUCGAGAAAUCAAUCGGUCGAUCUCACAACGCCUAAGCCCAUCUCUUCCGAUGCCAAUGCCUUUGGAUUGGAAGUUAAACCUCAAAUAGCUAAAAUCUCCGCCGUGAAACCUCAAGCUUCUUCGAAUUCGAGUUCCAAUUCUCAGAAUCGAAAACCGUCUCUGAAAAUCUCGUUGCCCCAUAAAGUGCAGUGGAUUCAUUUCGGUAAACCGGAUUUAACCAUCGCGGAGCCGGGGAAUUCAAAUUCCGAAGAAAAAAGCAAGCGUUACAGAGGCGUCCGACAAAGGCCGUGGGGGAAGUUUGCAGCUGAGAUCCGAGAUCCGACCCGAAAAGGUGCUCGGGUCUGGCUGGGAACCUUUGAUACCGCCAUAGAAGCUGCCAAGGCUUACGACCGAGCUGCUUUUAAGCUGCGCGGAUCGAAAGCGAUUCUUAACUUCCCACUCGAAGCUGGGAGGUUGAAUGUAACCGUUGUCGACGGCGAGAAGAAACGGAGCGCAGACGACGACGGAACUGGGGAAGAAAGUCAAGUAAAGGCCGUGAAGAAAGAAAACGACGACGACGUGACGAAAGCAAGAGAUAACGGUGAUACUCCUUUGACGCCGUCAAAUUGGGCGUCAUUUUUGGAGUUGGAUAAUGACGCGAAGGGGAUUUUUAACAUGCCUCUGUUGUCGCCGUUAUCCCCACACCCGCCUUUGGGCUUUCCCCAACUUAUGGUAAUCUAAAUAAUGAUGAUAAACACGAGAAAAACUACUUUGAUAGGAAAUAAAUUACUGUUAAUCUUUUAGA